UUAUUUUGGUUGCAACCACCACAGCCGACUGUGUACUGGGGCGUCACCGGAGACAAACUUACGGGUAUGUUCGGCCUCUCAUCCUUCUCAUCUCGCAAACGCGAAAGAACGUUUCAAACCAACACGUCAAGGGAUACCCAUGGUCGUAGCAAUGCGGAUGAGUUGUACGAGGAGCGCUAUGGGGUUAAGGACUACAGGUCGAUCAAGCCGUGGAUGUUCCCAGCUCGGGUGCUGCUCAAGGCGAAACGAAAAGCCACGAUAUCAAUCGGGGUUCUACACGUGAAGGUGGUGGAAGCCAGGGGGCUGAUGGCGAGGGACGGUAUGUUGGGCAAGAGUGAUCCCUACGUGAACCUGGCCCUCACUGGCAGGUAUCUAUCAACCGGCCAGGAGUGGUCGGAGCGGCUACGAAUUUGCGACCGGACGAGAACCAUCAAGUACACCCUUAACCCCGUCUGGAACGAAACUUUUUCGCUGCCCAUCAGAAGGGCCGGGGCUAUCCUUCGCGUAGAGCUUUGGGACUGGGACCGCGGUUCGUGUGAUGAGUCGUUGGGCAGCGUCGAGGUCAGCAUCGAUAAGGAACUCCGGUCACAGAAGACAAUCGACACAUGGUACGUGCUUGACGCUCCCUGGGAUUUGAAAGACAGUCCAUCUGCGGUUCCGGAUGCGCACAUUUCUCGACUGGCAGAGCUGGAAGCUUUCUCAGAGAUGGAAGAAGAGACGCAAGAGGAAGAGGAGAUCGCUGCGGACACCACGGCGGGAGGCAAAGGAGGGUCGGCCACAACCUCUUCGUUAAGAUGGACGUCUGUGCUCGGGAGAAAGGGCGCCACUGCUGAAGACCGAAUUGAUCAUGAUCACGGACCCAGGGAGGAAUCCCCAUCUUGCGAGGCCUGCAUCGAGGUUCGUCGCAAGCGGUUCGGAGAGGUGCGUUUACAGCUUCGCGUCGAGUUCAAUGAGUUUGCGGAGACGUGUAGUCACCUUUGGCCAGAAGAACCACCGGAGCCAGCGGAGAUGACCUUCUCCCCAAACCGGGUAUACUACAACGCGAUGCUCUUGCGGCAACUUGCGCAGCCGUACAUCGGCUGCAUGCAAGGAGCCAGCGCUAUUGUUCACUGGGUCCAUCCUUGGAAGAGUCUCGCCUGGUUCGUCGCGCUUGUGGUAAUGCUGCUGCACCCUUGCCUUCUGAUGGUCGUGAUCAACGGAGCUCUUAUGCGGAUUGCCAUCCGGGGGUACCUGGAACAUUUUGCUGCGCAGCGGGAAGAUGAUGAAGACUACGUGGACGUCGAGAUGGGACAUGCCGCUAAGAGUGCGGCGAAGGCUAAAGCAAAGGAGAACAUUUCCAAGAAGUCGCUGCUGCCGCCCAUUGACGCGCCCGAGGAUCGCAAGAUGCAGGCGAUGUACUUGACGGUUCGAAAGACCAAGAAGCUUCCCGCUGUCGUGGAACAGAUCGGAAGACGAAGUUUCGCAAAGGCCGGUUUAUCCCCUCAACGACAGGUGGAGACGAUUGGGAAGGCCCUGACGAAGGUCAGACGGAGGUUUCACCCCCUGGGAGCGACGCAGUGUCUGUCGAUGGUGGUGAUUCUCGUGUCCCACAUGCUUCUUCAGUUGUGGCUCUACCGUACAUCAAGGUUUCACCUCUACUUUAUGCUAAUUUGCGUCGGGGUGUUCGGCUACAAUUUCUACAGCUGGCGGGGUCGAGCCUUCAUCCUAGCGGUUCAAGCAGCACGACAAUCCCGGCAAACGCGCAUCGCCCUCGCGAGCCUCACCUGCGCAGACAGCACCCACACCGCGAGCGUGGCCGGCGUCGAUGCUACGCCAACAACGACGUUCGCCACCGCCCCGUUCUCAGAAGCGACGCCUCUUCGGCAAGAUGGCGGCUUCUCCUCCGAAGCACCACCGCGUGAUCAAGGCGAGAAUCAACACAAAUCGGCCUUCGGUACGGAGGACAUCACACGGGUGUUUUCAUCUGGCGGCACGGCGAUCCAGUCGCUUUCGGACACCCGGUAUGGGAGCACUGCUGGUACGAUGGCGCCGGAAGACGAUUCGGACGUGAGGAGCCAUGCUGACGAUGGUAGUGACGAAGAAAAUGUCGACCAGUCAGCACCGGUAGUUCCUCGGAAACCUCGGCCCUUGCGGCAUUCCAGAAAGCAACGAAAAUGGAGUAUAGGGCACAGCGGUAGCGCUUACGGCGAUGUCGUACUAGCUGAAGACGACAAUAGCGAUAGCGGAGAGGUGCCUGGGAAGAGUGAGAAAGCCGGUUGGCGAAGCCGAGUUUCGAAAUGGUACCGUGAUAAGUAGACAUUUUCGAUAUUUUUUAUCGCGAACCAGUUUUAGGACAUCACAUAUGUUGUCGUUUGCUUGUCUCGAGCGUAGAUACACAUGUUCAGGCAAGAGCGCGGGAACGUUGUUGACAAUAAUUCGAAGUAUCUCGAACCGAAAGCUGCUGAAAACACCGUCUCGUCGCAUGCCGAGGCUUGACGAAGAAAGGCACUUGCAUGAAAUUCCCGAGGGGUAAAAAGGGGACUUUCCUGAAGUCGUGUCGAGAUUCGUGGGUGGCCUGUAGCCCGGGAGGAGUAUUGCGUUCAAUUUCGUUGUUCCACCGGCCAGGGAUCAUGUGCUGCGCGCAUUGAUUCAGACAGUAGGAAAGCAACGUCCAAUGACAGAAGGGAAUUGGUUUGUGCCGGAUCCGGUCCUGGGUGCUUGGUUUGAUACUAGACUGACGGUCACACAGGAAGGUGUGUCCUGCC